AUGGCGAUAGCGAUUACAAUCGUGAAGGAAAGCGAUAAAGAGGAUGGAGAUGAUAGUGCCGAAGACAACGGUGAAGAGGAGGUAGACGAAGAAGACGAUAAAUAUGACAGAGGCGACGAGACACAUGACGAUGACGACGAUAACGACGAUAACGACGAUAACGACGAUGAGGAUGACAGUGGGGAAGACGACGACGAUGAUGAUGAAGAUGACAGUGGGGAAGAUGACAACGAUGACGAUGAAGACGACAGUGGCGAAGAUGACGCUGAUGGCGAUGGAAGUGACAGCAGUGAGGUCAACGAUGAGGAUAACAAAGAUGACAUUGGUGAGAACGAUAAUGAUGACGAUGAAGAUGACAGUGGUGAUAUUGAUGAAGAUGACGAUGGAGUUGACGUUUAUGAUGAUGGAGAUGAAAUUGACGAGGAAAGCCAUGAUGAAAAUGAAAACGAUAACAUAGAGCCACUUUAUUUAUUUUGCCAAGUAGCGCAUUACCAGUUAAGACAGAAGGCAAAAAGGCCAGCUUGGUCAUGA